AUGGAGUCCAAUGGUUCUAUUGAAUAUGUAGCUCUAGGAGGAGAAGGUUCCAGUGUAAAUCUAGAGAAGUUCCAGAAGGUUCCAAUCAUACCACUAAUCUUCUUGAUCUUCUAUGAGGUAUCAGGUGGACCCUUUGGUGUGGAAGACACAGUCAGAGCAGCUGGUCCAUUGUUAGCACUCAUUGGUUUCUUGGUGUUCCCAUUUAUAUGGAGUGUUCCUGAGGCACUAAUCACUGCAGAAAUGGGAACAAUGUUUCCAGAAAAUGGUGGCUAUGUAGUUUGGGUUUCAUCUGCAUUGGGUCCUUAUUGGGGUUUCCAAUUGGGUUGGAUGAAAUGGCUAAGUGGUGUCAUUGACAAUGCUCUAUACCCAGUUUUGUUCUUGGAUUAUCUCAAAUCAGCUAUUCCAGCUUUGGAAUCUGGUUUUCCAAGAAUCAUAGCAGUGUUAAUCUUAACUUUAGCACUCACUUACAUGAACUAUAGAGGUUUAACAAUUGUGGGUUGGAUUGCUGUAUUUCUCGGAAUCUUUUCGCUGCUUCCUUUCAUGGUUAUGGGAGUUAUAGCAGUUCCAAGAUUGAAGCCAAGAAGGUGGAUCAUGGUGGAUUUGAAGAAUGUGAAUUGGGGUUUGUACUUGAACACAUUGUUCUGGAAUUUGAACUAUUGGGACUCAAUUAGUACUUUGGCAGGAGAAGUGGAUGAUCCUGAAAAAACUCUCCCAAGAGCACUAUUCUAUGCUGUGUUGUUGGUGGUGUUUGGAUGCCUUUUUCCUCUUUUGAUUGGUACCGGCGCCGUUCCGGUGAACCCCGAGUUAUGGUCCGAUGGUUACUUCUCGGAAGUUGCAAGAUUGAUUGGAGGAGUUUGGUUGAGAAUUUGGGUGCAAGCAGCAUCUGCAUUGUCAAAUAUGGGAAUGUUUAUGGCUGAGAUGAGUAGUGACUCAUUCCAGCUUCUUGGGAUGGCAGAAAGGGGAAUGCUUCCUGAGUUCUUUGCAAAAAGAUCAAGUUUUGGGACACCCCUUAUUGGGAUUCUGUUCUCAGCUUCUGGGGUGAUCUUGCUUUCAUGGUUGAGCUUCCAAGAAAUUGUUGCUGUUGAGAACUUGUUGUACUGUUUUGGCAUGCUUAUGGAGCUUGUUGCAUUUGUGAUGUUGAGGAUGAAGUUUCCAACUCUCAAUAGGCCUUAUAAGGUGCCUGUUGGGAGUAAAGGAGCAAUUUUGAUGUGUUUGGUGCCAUCAUUGCUAAUAUUUGUGGUUUUGGCAUUUACAACAUUCAAGGUUUUUGUUAUCAGCAUUUCAGCUGUGAUGGUAGGGCUUGUGUUGAGGCCUUGUUUGAAAUAUGUGGAGCACAAAAGAUGGCUUGAAUUCUCUGUUAAUUCUGAUCUUCCAGAUAUUCAAACCACCUUAUACUAG